CAGGAGUUGAGGGGAGGUGGGGGACGUAAGGAAUGGCUGAAAACUGACGGUGCUCUCCUGCAAGAAAACAAACCAGGACGCAAAUUACCGUCCGGCAUGUUUAGUUGAGGACCUCAGUUCCACAGGACCAGCCUUUUUUUUUUUUUUUUGGCUACGCAUUACCAGGUACCGCUCCGUUUCAUUUUGUUUUGUGCGUUAUUUAUUGGGACAACGAAAACGUAAAAGAACGCAAGGUAGGCUGGCGCCCCUGUCGCCAACACUGCCACUUUAUUUCCAUGGACUAAUACGACAAACGGUGUUGAGAAAUGCUUCUCGGCAAGGUUGCUUGCUCGUCCUCACAGGCGGCGUGUGGUUUUUAAGCUAGCUAAACAUUCGCGUGCGCAUUUUUUUCUUCUGGCUCGUGAAUGUAUGAAGUGUUCGGACGUUAAAAUUUGUUCUACAAAGCGUCGGUCAGGCUUCAUCUCUUCAUGCCUCAACCGAUCAACUGCUUGAGAAGUCGACGUCCGGAGUAGAACAAACCACAAACAAAGGCCUUUUUUCCCCCCACCGCUUUCACCUGAAGCGACGAGGAGAAAAUGCGUGUGGAUUUGUUUUGGAUGUGUUUGUGGUGCUUUCUUCGUCUCAGUGCCUGCGGUCAAGGGCAGUCGACGGCCGUAUGUUCGCCCUCAUGCAACUGCGAUGAAGACUGGGGUGCAGACUGCUCCGGGAGAGGACUAACCACCGUCCCAACUGGGCUCGGUGCUUUCACUUACUACCUUGACCUGAGCAUGAACAACAUCACAGAGCUUCCUGCAUAUGUAUUCAAGAACUUUCCCUAUCUGGAAGAACUACGACUUGCAGGGAAUGACCUGACAUUCAUCCACCCUGACGCCCUGUCUGGACUGCAUCAGCUCAAAGUCCUGAUGCUUCAGAAUAAUCAGCUCAAAUCUGUACCCAGUGCAGCACUGAAGAGCCUUCAUUCUCUCCAAUCUCUUCGCCUGGAUGCAAACCACAUUACAACAGUACCAGAUGACAGCUUUGAAGGCCUUCAGCAGCUGCGUCACCUCUGGUUGGAUGAUAACCACCUGACGGAGGUCCCAGUUGGUUCAUUGAGACACCAGGCGAACCUUCAGGCUCUGACCCUAGCACUCAACCGCAUCCUGUACAUACCAAAUAACGGCUUUGCAAACCUCACCAGUCUAGUAGUGCUGCAUCUUCAUAACAACAGAAUUAAAGAGAUUGGAGACAACAGUUUUAAUGGACUGGUGAACCUGGAGACACUAGAUCUUAACUUUAACAACCUGAUGGUGUUUCCCAAAGCUAUAGAGGCCUUACCCAAGCUGAAGGAACUUGGGUUUCACAGCAAUGAUAUUGCAUCCAUACCUGAAGGGGCCUUUCAUAACAACCCCCUGCUACGAACCAUACAUCUUUAUGACAACCCGCUGUCGUUUGUGGGAGCCUCAGCCUUCCAGAAUCUAUCUGACCUGCACUCUCUGAUGUUGCGUGGGGCGAGUAUGAUGCAGGACUUUCCCAUCCUUACAUGGACCAAUAAUCUUGAGAGUCUGACUCUUUCAGGAACCAAACUAUCAUCAUUACCCGCUGAUCUGUGUGAGGAUCUGAAGUUGCUGAGGACACUUGACCUUUCCUACAAUGAGAUAAAGCAGUUACCAUCCCUCCAGGGCUGCGUCCAGCUGCAGGAGAUAAGUUUUCAGCACAAUCACAUUCAGCAGAUUGACAGAGACACUUUUCAAGGUCUCACUGCUCUCCGCUUGCUAGACUUGAGCAGAAAUGAAAUCCGAGUCAUCCACAAAGACGCUUUCCUUACCCUCAAUGCUCUCACCAACCUAGAUCUGAGUAUGAACUCUCUGGCUGGGAUUCCGACGUCUGGACUGAGCGCUGUUAGCCAGCUGAAACUGUCAGGGAAUCCACAGAUGAAAAACACACUCACUGCAAAAAACCUUCCAAAACUUCGGUCCAUCUCUGUCCCUUACGCCUACCAGUGUUGUGCAUUUGUUGGAUGUGACUCAUUGAAGAGUUCUUCUGAAGAAGCUGACAUGAAGAAAUCUACAGGUGGGGAGGAUGGGGAACGAAUCUCAAUGAUUAUGCAUUGCUCACCUUCACCAGGAGCCUUUAAGCCUUGUGAGCACCUCCUGGGUAACUGGAUGAUUCGUCUGACAGUCUGGUUUAUCUGCCUGGUGUCGCUGGUCUUUAACAGCCUGGUGCUGGUUGUCACGCUCUCUCCCAUUCAACGAGCAGCUGGUCAUUCCCACGACCUGACUCCAUCUCUGUCUCCAGCCAGACUGCUGAUGGGACUUCUGGCCCUGGCCAACUUACUCACAGGCUUGUAUGUUGGUGUGCUGACCGUGCUGGAUGCUGCUACUUGGGGAUCCUUCGCUGAGUUCGGAGUGUGGUGGGAGAUGGGCCCUGGUUGUCAAAUCACAGGAGCUCUGGCCGUCUUCUCAUCUGAGUGGUCAGUUUUGUUGCUGUCGCUGGCAGCCGUGGAGCGCAGCGUGGCUGUGCGGAUGAUUCUAGGAAAGGCAAUGAUGUUGCCCAGGAGGAAUGGCAGCAACCAUCGCAGAUACUUCAGGAGAAAUCGACGCUUCAGCCUGGCUGCAGCGCUGCUGGGGCUGCUGGCUGCUGCUGGAGCUUGCCUGCCUCUGCUAACAGUCACCGAGCAGUCCUCAUCUCCUCUCUGCCUGCCAUUUGCUGGUGGAGAGAGUCCAGCUCUGAGUGUUACAGUCAUUCUCGUGCUGCUCAACGCCCUGGCUUAUCUGUUCACAGCUGCAGUUUACACCCAGCUGUACUGCCACCUUGGCCGGGUGGAGCUGGCGGAUCCAGAACAGACAGGUGCCCUGCGCCAUGUGGCUUGGCUAAUCUUCACCAACUGCAUCUUCUUCUGCCCAGUGGCAGCUUUCUCCUUUGCCCCUCUGUUGACCGGCUCGACAGCUGGUGGCCCAGAGAUUGCAAAGUCUGUCACUCUCAUUUUCUUCCCGCUGCCUGCAUGUCUGAACCCGGUGUUGUAUGUGUUCUUCAGCCCGGCCUUCAGAGAGGACUGGUUGAGACUACGUGGUCUUGGAGGUUUGACCAGGGAGGUCAAGGCUGGUGCUGAAAGUCACUGCGAUGACAGUGGUGGAGGUUCAGAGCUCACAGACAGAGGCUCCUCCACCCAUCUGGGCUUUGACUGUGGUGUAUACUCACAGCUAUGUGGAGAGAUGGUUGUAUGUGAGCAGUGUGAGGCAGCACUGCAUGCCAGGACCUGCUCUUCUCCCUCCUCCACAGUCUGUAGACAUUUGGUAAAGUCUCACAGCUGUCCCACCCUCCUGGCUGGAGCUGCAGUGUGCCAGCGCUCUGAGGGGUUUUGGGCAGACAGCGGCACACCCUCUGCUCAGUCUGAGUACGCCGACGAGGGAGACUCAUUUGUGUCAGACAGUUCGGACCAGGUUCAGGCCUGUGGCAGAGCCUGCUUCUGCCAAAGUAGAGGCCUUCCACUUGUACACUACCCAUACAACAUACCUCGAGUCAAGGACUAAGGACGCCCCAGAGCUCCACCACUUGUGUGCACAGGUUUUUCAUGUGAAUUUAGAUUCUCCAAGAGUAUAAUUUUUUUUUAAAAUAUCAAAUAAGAAAAUGUGCCAACUACCCUGUAAAUCAUCAAGCACUUAUGUAUGUAAUUACUGUGUUAACAAAUGCAACCAAUCAUUUAAAGGGAAUUUGGCUUUUUUAUGUUAGAGAUGAUCUCUAAAUGAAAUGAACUGAGCGUGUCAUCUUGCAAAAGAAUAUUUUGCCACUGGUGCCUGCCUGCCUCAUGCUUUCAACUGGUUUGAGGAUGUUGAUGCAAGUGUGUGUGAAGAUUCUGUGAUUUUUUUCUUUUGUAUUGUACUCAUAAGCUUUUUAAAUUUUAAUUAUUCAUUUAAUUUGUAGAAAUAUAAAACUCCUCCACAGCAACAAUAGAUUUUAUACUUUAUGCCAUCAGGGGCGAAUAGUGUACAGUGUUUGGCCCUAUCUUGGCUGGGAAUGAUAGAUCGGUCAGUCUAUGAUAAACAUGUCUUUGCUUUAAAUUCCUAAGACUAAGAAUGUGAUAAAAGUAGCAGACAUCACUGUUUUAGCAAUAAAUGUGCUUGCUGGUUUUGAUGUUAUUUAUUGUUUGAGCAGCGGGCGUGUGUGGGUGGAGAUGGUGAAUGAUAAGUAAAGAAGACGACUUGACACGUAUUCACCAAAGCAACACCUCUCUGCUGAUUUUGUGACAGACAAGAAGACACACAGGUUUAGGUCAUUUAUUUGUUGAUUGUUAAAUCCACUUUAAGCCUUAUUUUUGGCCAUUAUUUUGUGUGUGUGCUCGCAUGUGUAGCGUUUUUUGUUUUGCUUUUUUUCCCCAAUCAAAACAUCUGCCUUCAAUCUGCAGAGCAAAUUUUUCUGUUAAGACUUGCAGAACUCCUCAUGUUUAGAUGAGAUCCGAUUUUGAUCUGAUGUUCAAAUUAAUUUUGGCAUGUGGAUCGUUUGCUCUGUGUUGUUAAAUAUUGUUUGAAAAGUACAGAGAGCCUAAUGAAUAAGAACUGCUUAGUGAUAUUAAAGCAUAACCAUGCACAGGAAAUCCCCCCCCAAAAAAUUUCUAUAAAUCUAUUAAAAUAGAUUUUGGCUCCUAGAACAACUCAAACUUAUGAAUACUUUCCAAGUUAAACGCAAAAGUAAUCCCACUUUUCCUUUUGCUUGAUUGGAAGGCAGCAUGUGACUGGCUGCCAGCUGAGUCAAUAAGAUGGUGUGUACGCAAGGCUAAAAAGCACAAAAUGGACCAGUAUAAUUAAGCAUCUGCUGUUUGUUCUUGUUCAAAUUUUUUUCUUUGUGUUUGUGUACCUGCUCUACAGUGACCCGUAAAUGUGUAAUGAUGUUAGAUUAAAAAAAAAAAAAAAACUUUUUUUUUUUAUAUAAGUGCAGUUUUAUCAUCAGCAGGUGACUCAUUUGUUCAUUUCAGUGCAUAGUGAUUUCAUUUCCAUUGUAUACAUCACUAGACAGCAUUGUUGUAAAAUAAAUAAAUCUAGAUCUGUUUUCAUUCUGAUUUCUGACCUGAGUGAAACUCUGUAACGAAGGCCUGACUAAUGUGUGAUGUGCUGGAGCAUGACUGUACACAUUAAGGUGGUUACACCCUCAGAGCAUCUAUCCACAAGUGCACAUCAUGUGAGUGCUCAGGAAUUUAGGCAAUGUAGGGAAGCGUUCUCUUCCAACAGGAUGUUCUUGUGGCUUUUUUAAAUGCACCGUUCUGUUUUAAAUGUUAUGAAUUUACUUUGUUUUCAUGACGCGUUGCCUCGACUAGAUGUGUAAAUUUGCAACAACCAAAAAAUGUGGAUUGAUUGAGACGAAUGAUGUCCCAUCAGGUGAAAAUGUACACAUCUUUCAGUGGUUUGGUUGCUUUUGCAUUUGUAUGUAAAUUAUUUGAAAAGAUAACAAGUAAUCAAGAAUGGGAUGUUAAGUAAGGAAGCUACCUCCUCGACUGUAGUGGUUGCCAACAGUGCUUUGUAAAAGAGUCUGUUUCAUGUGUCCUUCUUUGUUCGCAUUCUUGGCUUUAUCUUCUUAUAUCUGGCUGUACAUCAUUUAUAGUUAUGUGCAAAUUCUGGGAGGAAUCUAUGUACUGUAUACUGUGAUUGUUUUUUUUAUUAUAAUUAUUUUUUAACCAAACCAUAAACUAUUAAAUGUUUUAUCUUUUAUAGAUACAAAGUUGCAGAAUAAUAGAUUAUAAAAUAAAAUAUUUUGUUUUAAUUUCAGUUCAAAUUUAAUCUUAUCCUUAGUUUUUCAUCCCAGAUCUCCCUGUUUUUAUUCUGUUUAAGUAGGAAAUCAAUUUAAUUUUGAAUGAAUAA